AUGGCACCCCCGGGUAGGCGCACUCGCGGCGCAAAGCGAGAGAUUCAGGAACAGUCGGACACGCCCGAAGCAAUCAACACCCCGACCAGGAAGCGAAGAAAGGUCAACGCUGCCGCCCCUGCUCCACCGCCCGAUUCUCGAGUCCCGACCCGGCCGCCGUCUGCGCAGAGCGAUAGGACCGUCGGCAGCGACGACGAACGUGAAUAUGGAGGAAAAAUGACCACCGAGGAACUGCUCACGACCGUCGUCCCGCACCUGCGCAUCGCCAGUUACGUCACCAACGCCCAGAUCGAACUUUCAAAUGACCUGCAGAAGCGCGAUCCGAUCAUUGCCCAGAGAGGAAGCACCGAAGCUUAUGCCAAGAUCGAGGGUCACGCCUGGGUUUAUUUCGCAAAGUCCACCCAGAUCAUCAUUGGAAGGGGAGAGCAUGGAUAUUCGGCGAGCGCGUCAAAUGGCAACAAUGCAUCGAGUCAACAAAAUGGGCUUGGGAUAGUGUUUGGCGCAAACCAGCCGACGUCGAGCACACAAGUAAACAUUGACCUGGGCCCCGAUAAACAAGUCUCGAGAAUCCACGCCUGGAUCGAAUACGAAUCCGACCAAGGACAUUGGUUUAUUAUAGUCAACGGCCGGAACGGAUUGAAGCUGGACGAUCGCACGCUCACGCGAGGGGAGAAAAAUAAGCUGCACUCUGGGUCCGUCAUCAACGUUUGCGGGACGGAUAUGAUUUUUGUUUGCCCUGGCGAGGAGCUGUACAUCCAUCCUUCCAUCAUGGCACGGGCCAAGAACAGCGAUGAAGAAGGCCAGGAGGAAGACUCGUACCACGGCAUGAACAAUGGAUACGGCAAGUCCGCGGAUUCACGUGGCCAACCCCCAACGGGCAAUCAAAACCAGUCCAACAGCCGCCAAACUGGACACGCACCUGGUCAAACGCAGCUGGCGCCAACCUCGACUCCUGCCGGGCCUAUUCUGCCCAAUACGCCAAUGCCGUCUCGCACCAAGGCGCAGCAAUCAUCCCCAAAGGUAAAAACUUCUCCCGCAACGGUAUCCGGCGCAUACUCGCGAGGCGUCAUGCUCGAGAGCACCGAACAAAUAGACUACAGCGCAGACUCGGCCAAAGAUUUGAAGCCACCCCACAGCUACGCGCAGCUCAUCGGACAAGCCAUCAUGGCAUCUCCGGAGGAACAGCUUACAUUGGCCAAUAUCUACGAAUACAUCAAGACCCACUAUGCCUUUUACCGGUUCAAUGGCGGAGGAUGGCAAAAUUCGAUCCGCCACAACCUGUCACUCAGCAAGCACUUUGAAAAGGUCGCCCGCCGCACGGACGAGCCUGGAAAAGGCAUGAAGUGGCGUCUAGUCCCUGAUGAACGUGACGCUUUCCUCAAAAAGGGAAUCCACACUCGAAAGACCAGAAUGGCAUCGUCUGGGCCGAAUUCGCCUGCGAUCAAUCAAAAUUCACCCGCAAUUGCUCAAGCAGCCGAGCGCCUGCAGGGGGCCGUCACCAACGAACUAACCACUCCCCAGCCUAACAAGUUCCGUGUCAAAGAAUCACCGCGCUCCGUGACACCUCCGUUGACCAGCUACCCCACAGCCAACGAAUCCUACACGCCCGAUCGUGGCCCCCAGCCUCCGAGAAAUAAACCCCAGCUCAGCAACCAAAUCUUCACUCCCGUAAAUGACCGCAAGCACGAUGCUUCUCAAUUCGCCAAUGUCCGUGAAGCCACUUUUGGCAGACCCAUUGAAAACUCCACCCUCGCUAGCAACAUUGCGGCAGCAGAGAGCAAGGACCACGAGACUGCUCCCACUCCUGCUCCCCCUCGUUCUUCCGUCGACAUUGAAUAUUCACCCCCUACGACCAAUGGGUACAAGUCGACCGCGCUGAACGAUAUGCCCGAACCCACGGCUCUGGGGCUCGUCACACCGUUGAUCGCUAAGAACCGACCGCACCUCGCACCCCCGAGUACCGCUAAGAUGCCUAGUCAAUUUUGCUAUCUUAGCUCCCCCGCUCCUUUCUGGAAGUACGCCGAUCUCGGGUCGACGCCAGCUCGCGGGUACAACGACUUCAGCCCCAUCAAAGAGCCCAAGCCGCUGCAUCUUUUGCCCGUCGACGACGAUGAUGAUGAGGAUGAGGAUGAGGAGAAGGAAGACCACGAGGAAGAGGACAAUGGUGCUGAAGCCGUGCAACCCAGCUCUCCCCCCGUCGUGCUGGGCGAUACGGCCAGCCGCAGUCGUGAAGGCUCCAACUCUGGCGAAGGUUCGCAGGAGCCGACGACGCCAACGAGACCGAGCAGCCGUAGGUUCAACACGGCCGAGGAAGAGGCCGUCAAGAAACAAUUGCCCACCCAACUCGACGCGGGUAUCGAGGACAAGGAGGACGACGAGGGCAUUGACUUGAUGAAGGGAUUCCAAAACAUUGGCAGCUUCCAUCGUGGCCUAAACCAAAGCUUUAUCCGCCGCGCCUAA